CUUUGCUCAACAAGUCCGCACGUGUUAAGUCGACCUUAAGCUCUACCAGUGUGCAAGUCUCUCACCAAACACACUGCAAGCAAGAUGGAGGCCGUACUAUCCCUCAACAUCACCGAAGCGUCAAUAAACCAAUUGCAGGAUGCGCUGAGUAACUCUCAAAUCACAAGCGUAGACCUUGUCGCGCGCUUCCUUCAUCGAAUCGGCAAAUUCGAUCAUCGCGGGCCAUUAUUCAAUUCCAUCUGCAUCAUCAAUCCCAAAGUCUUCGAUGAGGCACAGGCCUCGGAUGCCUACCGCGCAUCAGGACGUCCCCCAAGGUCUCUAGAAGGAAUCCCGUUCACCGUGAAAGACAGCUACAAGGUGAAGGGGCUCACAGUUGCAGCUGCGUCCCCAGCCUUCGAAAGUCUCGUUGCGUCUUCAGAUGCCGCGGUUGUCGAGCUACUACGGGCUGCCGGAGCAGUAUUAAUUGGGAAGACCACGAUGCCUCCCAUGGCCGACGGAGGAAGCCAGCGAGGUCUCUACGGCCGUUCAACCAGCCCUUAUAACCCCGAGUACUUGUGCACCAGCUUCGCGUCAGGCUCUUCAUACGGGUCCGCAGUAUCCACGACAUCUUCGUUCGCCCCUAUUGGUCUCGGCGGUGAGACAGUCUCAUCUGGUCGAGCACCAGCUUCGCACAACGCCCUGGUGGGAUACUCACCGUCAAGAGGCGUCAUUCCUUCUCGCGGCCAUUGGCCGCUGUACCCGACGUGUGAUGUUGUCGCACCCCAUACCAAGUCUGUCACUGACAUGCUGACGCUCUUGAACGCCAUUGUUGCCGACGACGCACACCCGAAAGGUGACUUUUGGCGCGAGCAGACGGUUGUGCCUGUUCCACUCAGCUCGGAGAUCCGGCCAAGGGACUUUCUAUCCCUAAGAGAUCCGGAGGCAUUGCGAGGGAAGCAUAUUGCUGUCCCCAAGUGCUACAUCGGGAAGCAAACUUCUUCCGGAUACUCUACAGUCUGUUCGGAAGCCACGCAGCAAUUAUGGGAGCAAGCUCGAGUUGAUCUGGAAAAUCUGGGCGCUAAAAUCACCGAAACUGAUUUCCCUCUAGUCGAGAACUACUCAACGCAACUCUUCCCUGGGCAAGCUGCCAGCGUGCCAGGCAUACCGAGCACCUGGAUUGAUACCGAACGGUGUCAGAUGAUUGCCACAGCAUGGGAUGACUUUCUGCGCAACAACAACGAUUCCGGGUGCCCUUCGCUGGAAGGCGUUGACUACCGCCAAAUCAACCCCGACUUUGCGCCGUUGGAUGAUCGGUCGGAGCACACCGAGCAGCAGAACCAUGUCCGGUACGCAGAGAUGAUUGAAUUCAUCCGCAACCGGCCCAGCUCUAUCUACGAUCUCGCAGGUUGUGCAGAUGCAUUGAUCGCUCUCGAGGAGGCUCGUAAGAGAGACUUGGAAGACUGGAUGGAUGAGAACGGCUUUGACGCUGUCGUCUUUCCCACGAAUGGCGACGUUGGAAGAGCUGACUCCGAGGACAAUCGUGAGUCCAUGGCAUAUUCUCUGAAAGACGGUUUGAAGUACUCCAAUGGCAACCGUGCCUUGAAGCACUUGGGCGUGCCUGCCAUCACUGUGCCAAUGGGAACGCUGUCGGACAAGAAGAUUCCUGUUGGGUUGACAUUUGCGGGCAAGGCUUGGAGCGACAGCGAUCUGUUGCAGUAUGCGUGUGCGUUUGAGUCCUCAAGAAAGCGAAGAGAGAGCCCCUCGUUGGCACCACAACUGGACACAGACCUAAUCCAGGUCAAUUUGAAUCAAGCUCGUGUCAUGCAUCAAGGGAAGCUCGAGUUGCUCGUCUCUUGCGUGGACGUAGAAGAUGAUGCCUCGACCGAGGACUUGGAUAGACGUCACGUCACUCUCACUGGGUUGUUGGAAGUCGACAACUCGUAUGAGGCAGCGUCGAUGCAAGUCUUUGUUAACGGGGAUCGGAUGAAGUCUCCCAUACUCAGGGAUACCCAAUGGGAAUGGUCUGGAAUGCUGGAACGGAAGAAGAUCAAGGAGAGAUAUCCAGUUCAGGGCAAGGUUGCUAGAGAUCAGUUCAUGAUUGUGGUGUUAGCUCAAACUUUAGGUGGUGACUCAAGUGGUCGCUUGGUCAUGAUUGAUUGAAAGACAGCGUAAGUAGCUAAUAGUUAGAAACUUGAA